UCCAGGAAGUGGCCAUAUUGGAUCCAUUCAGCCGCAGCCACUCGCGGUGGGCAGCGACAGCAGCGCUCCUGCUGCCGGAGCCGCCUCAGCCCCGGCCAUGGCCGCCACCGAUCUGGAGCGCUUCUCGAAUGAAGAGAAGAGGAACCUUUCCCUGGGAGGCCAUGUGGGCUUCGACAGCCUCCCCGAUCAGCUGGUCAGCAAGUCUGUCACACAAGGCUUCAGCUUCAACAUCCUCUGUGUGGGUGAGACGGGCAUUGGGAAAUCCACGCUGAUGAACACCCUCUUCAACACCACAUUUGAGACAGAGGAAGCCAGUCACUAUGAGAGCGUGGUUCGCUUACAACCACGCACCUAUGACCUGCAGGAGAGCAAUGUCCAUCUGAAGCUGACCAUUGUGGAUGCGGUUGGAUUUGGGGAUCAGAUAAAUAAAGACGAAAGUUACAGACCAAUCGUAGAGUACAUUGAUACGCAGUUUGAAAACUAUCUGCAAGAGGAGCUGAAAAUCCGCCGGUCUCUCUUCAACUACCAUGACACAAGGAUUCAUGUCUGCCUCUACUUCAUCACCCCCACCGGGCACUCGCUCAAGUCCUUGGACCUGGUGACAAUGAAGAAGCUGGAUAGCAAGGUGAACAUCAUCCCAAUUAUUGCCAAAGCAGACACCAUCUCCAAGAGUGAGCUGCACAAGUUCAAGAUCAAGAUCAUGAGCGAGCUGGUCAGCAAUGGAGUGCAGAUCUAUCAGUUCCCCACGGAUGACGAGGCGGUGGCUGAGAUCAACUCUGUGAUGAAUGCUCAUCUGCCCUUCGCUGUGGUUGGCAGCACAGAGGAGGUGAAAGUUGGGAACAAGCUGGUGCGAGCUCGGCAGUACCCGUGGGGAGUGGUGCAAGUGGAGAAUGAAAGUCACUGUGACUUUGUGAAGCUGCGGGAAAUGCUGAUUCGGGUCAACAUGGAGGAUCUGCGGGAGCAGACCCACACCCGCCACUACGAGCUCUACCGCAGGUGCAAACUGGAGGAGAUGGGUUUCAAGGACACAGAUCCAGACAACCAGCCCUUCAGCCUCCAAGAAACAUACGAGACCAAAAGGAAAGAGUUCUUGGGUGAGCUCCAGAGGAAAGAGGAAGAAAUGAGACAAAUGUUUGUUAACAAAGUCAAGGAGACAGAGGCAGAGCUGAAGGAGAAGGAGAGAGAGCUGCAUGAGAAGUUUGAGCACUUAAAAAGGAUACACCAGGAAGAGAAAAGGAAGGUGGAGGAGAAAAGGAGGGAGCUGGAGGAAGAGAUGAAUGCCUUCAACAGGCGGAAAGUCGCAGUGGAAACCUUGCAGUCCCAAUCCUUGCAGGCUACGUCACAGCAGCCACUGAAGAAGGACAAAGACAAGAAAAACUUUUUUAGUCUUCCCAGUGCAUACUCCAUAACAACAGGAAGAUAUGUUAAUUAGAAGAUUUAUUAAGGCCAAAACAUCUCAUGCAGAAGAAAAUAAUCGGUGCUUACACCUUUAAGCUUGCAAUAUAUCGCACAGAAGAGAAAAUGUAGCAAGGACUAAAAUUCACCGUGUCUUUUGAUGGGGAAAAGUUUGCUUAAUCAGGUUUCUUGGUAAAGUUGAAAUCCAAGAUACUUGCCAAAAGGUAAACUACUAAUUCAGGCUGCUGCAUGGCUGGCACUAAAUCCAGAAUGCUUAUUUUGGGGCUCUUACCCCAAGAGAGUUAACACUGACUGACUCCAGACACAUGAGGGACAAAGCUGGGGUAAUGUGAGGAGCUUUCAGCUUUGCUGCUCGAGCUGCUGUGGUAACAGAGUCCUGCAGGUCCUCUCCUCAGUCUGGUUUUGGAGUGUAGCUGAGGAACCUGAUGUCCCUAACCUAGCAUCCCUAGUUUGAUAUCCCUAAUCUUUCAGCUGGAUUCUCACCUUUCAUAACAAUAAGUCUUGUCUGCAGCUUGCUUUUGUAUACUUACAAGUUUUAUAACCAAAAUGCCCCAACCUUCAUCUCUUUAGAUUUCUGAGGGCUGCCCAUGAUGUCUCACACUGUAACUGCUUCCCCAGAGCUCCCUGCCCACCUCCCACCUGCUGCUUCAGGGCCAGGUCCAGCCUGGCCAGUCCAGGCUCUGCUUGUCCUGCUGGGAUGUGAUGGGUCAGAAGGGAACCAUUUUAAAGCACAACUAAGUGUUACUUAUUAAUGGAGGGGAAAUGGUUUAAAGCUGGAGACUCGGUGUUCCUGGUGUUUGUAACAGACUGAUUUCCUCUUACACAAAUACCUUUUUUAAAAAAAGGAAAGGGGGAAAACCAAGUGUGAUGUCUGUGCCUCAGUAACUUCACACAGGAACAGGGAGAGGCCUCUGCUUAUCUUUGUUUUAAAAGUUUAUCUUUGUUUUAAACAACGUUGUAAAUGAAUCUCAGGAAUUACCUGUACCAAAGCUGGGUUUAAUAAAAACAAAACUGACUUGUUUAACAAACAUUUGUUAAAACCAUGGUUUGUACACCAGGUAUAACCAGAAACAAUGUCCUCUGUCCAAAUUCACAACCCUUUGUGAUCCCUCAGUUUCUCCUUAUUAAUCCCAUUGCCCUGUGGUUAAAUUGUGAUGUCCCCUGCACAUCCCUGUGCCUUGGCAGCUGCUGUCUCCAGUCUCCCUCCCUUCUCCCCCACUGCCCUGAGGCUGGGAGGGUAAAAGUGGCCAAAAGCCAGUUUUUGGCAGGAGGUUUGAAAGAAGUCUCUCUCACCCUGUGCAGCUACCCUGCACUGGGUGGUGUGACUGCAGUGGGACAAAGGCUGAGAAUAGGGAGAGUGGGUGUAUGUGACAGGAGCCCUCUGAGCCUCCCACAGAAGACAUUGUGUCCCUGUAACCCCCCAAGAGAUAGAGAGGCUGAUGUAGAGGUACUGACUGCCCCAGGCACUAAGUGCCUGUCCCCAGGCUGUCUGAGAAGUGACAGUCUCUAAGCCCUUUGGAUGUCCUUAGCCUAAAUGAGAACUGAUAAAUAGAUUGCAGCUGCAUCAGGUAUGUGGCCUGAAAAGGACUAAACUGGACACAUGGAGAAGCUGUGGAGACUCCUGCCACUUGCAGGCAUUAGGGAUGAAACCCCAGGACAAACAUGUUCACCCCAUGUUCUUCAUCCCUGCCUGUCCCUGCUGCCAGAGUGGGCAGGGAUGAGGCACCACUUGUGUCAGGGGAAGUGGGACCAGGUGGGAAGCACCAGGGUCUGGCACAGAUGUAUCUUGGGGGCCAUGAAUUCAGAGCUGGAAGUCUGCUUAGGAGAGUUCUGUCUGUCCUGAUGUCUGUGGUGCUCUGCAUAGAAUGCAGGAAAGCUGAAACUGUGUGUGACCAUCAGGCUGAGCUAUGAUACAGCCUUCACUGCUGCUUUGAUGACUGUUUUAAACUUGUUUGUGUUCUCUUUCGAGGACAGCCGCUCUAUUCCUUUAGCAAAGCUUUCAUCCAGCUUGGAGUUUUUGUCAAGUUAGAUUCCCAGCAGGAUAGGUAAAUUGGGAAUAGAAGCUUUUUGUUCUUUUUCCAAAUUGCUCUGAAGAUUUGAUUAAGUUCUGUCUGUCAUGACCAUAGUUAGGUCACCAGGGGAGUUCCAGUUGCACAUCUUGCUGAGGAGGAAUGGGUGGGGGCUCUGAGACCUGGCAGAAGUUCAUGCAUCUCUCCAUCUCACUGCACUUUUCUGCCUUCCUAAAGAAUUGAACUGUAAGUACUGCUCAAAUUUAACACACUAAAGUCAAUUAGCAGGAGAAAAAAACCCAACAACUGUAUAGAUGCAACCCCACAAAUGAGGUAUAACUAUUGCAUUACUCUUCCCUUUGCAGUUUUCUUGUCUCUCAGUCAUUUCUUUAACCACAGGAGUUUGUUUAUUUGUGCAACUGUGUAAAUGAACUCUUCUCCUAGGUCAUCACAUGCCCUCCACAACUGGUGACACUGAGUCGGAUUUAUUGUCAGAAACACCUCAGUGAGUGCUGGCUUGGAAUGGGGCAGCUUCCUCCUCAUCUGUAAUGGUUCCUGGGCAACUGCAUGAGCUUACAUGGUUCCUUUAGCUGGGGAUUAUGAAUGGGGGACAUUGUGGUGCAUGGGAGGAUAUGAAAUGCUUUGCUGUUUCUACAGGGAGUUUAAACCAGCCACAGAAAACAGUUCUGUGGAUGUUUACCAUAAGGGAUUUCAGGUGUAAUUGCAGCUUUGUUUACAAGGUGGUGGUAGCUUCAGGCAUCUGGAAAUCUGGCCUGAAUUGAGGCAACAACAAGAGGAAUCUGGCUUUGAGAGGUAUGCCUCACCUGGGCUGAGAUCCCCCAAGGGAAGGACCUUAACAGGUCAGAGCUCUUUUAAAAUACUCUAUAAGCAUUAUCUGUAGUUUUCCUGGGAGUGAAUAUUCCCCAAAACAAUCCUCACAGAGCUAGCCAUAACCACGUAAAACCUGUGCCAGCACUCACUGAAUCUGGCACAUUUUCACCAGUAACUGGUGUGUAGUGAAUGGGAUCUGAAGUGGUGAGGUGAGCUGUGCUAUUUUUAAAAUCCUCCUUCCCCUCCUGAGACUUCAGUGCACCAGCCACAGUCCAGAGAAAGGAGGAGUUUCUAUACAGCAAGGACUAGGGAUAAAACAAGGCUCUUUUCUGGUGGGACAGAGUCCCAGCUUUAAUCAGAUGUCCAGGGCAGGAAAAGAGCAAGAAUCAUGUCCUGUGUUGGCUUUUGAACCAGGGGAGAAUGGGUUAGUGAGAACAGAUUACAAGCAAUAGGAAAAAACUACAAGGGAGGAACUAGGGGGGAAUAUAGAUCUGGGGAGAGCCCCAGAAAUAUACCAUGUAUCUUAACACAAUGCAACAGUGCUGCAGUUGGAAUAAACUCUGCUGUAUACACAGUCCAAACAGGCAGGCACACAGGUGAGAUGUCAUCCCCUCUGAAACUCACUGGGAAAAAUAAUUGUUCCUGUCACUGCUGUGUGUGGGGAGUGUUCAUCUCGUCACUCGUUACUUGUCCAGGCAGGGAGGGGAAAGGUGAUAAAGCUUCCAGCCCUGUUCUGUGAGGAAAGAAAGAAAAUUUGUGUUAUUCUCACUAUCCAAAAACUCCUUUUGUAACAAGAAUGGUCCUGUGCAAACAGAGCUCCUUCCUGUACCUGGCAGCUCAUUCUUUGGGGUAGGAAGCUCCAUUCUGGGUGAUAGCAGGAAUGCUAAAGGUAAGUGACAUUUUUAGCCUGUUGAAGCCAAGACAGAAGUAUUUGUUCCUUCAUGGUAACUACAGUGCUGGAAGAGAUGUGUGGGAAGGAGCUGUGCUGCCAGAGAGAAGCAGCUGUGUGUCCUGGGAGUGCAGGCAGGCUCCAGGUGAACUGUUCCCAUCCCAGUGUGGCAUGUUGCACCCUGACCGGGAACAUGGAGCCCUGAAGGGCCUUCCAGCACUGCCUUUAUCUUUUAGAAUUAACCCCUGUUAAUGCAUACUUUUGAAUGUUGAUUUUAGAGAUAUGCAGAGAUUUUGAAAGGCAAGUUUGUUCAUGGGUUUCAACAUGUCAUCCAGCUAUAGGCAAUAACUACAUACAUAGGCUCAAAGGUGUGGGGGGAAAAAUGAGGUUACAAUUGUUGUGGUGUAAAGUUACAGCAUGUUAAUUACUGUAUGUAGAACUCUGCUGCUGGCAUUUGCACAGGUAAAUGCAGCUGGUGACAAUGCUUGAGAUAGGGCAAAGGGAUGGGAGGGAAGCAGAGUCCAUCACACAGCCCAGUUUUCUGCAGGGAUCAGUGUGGGCAUCACCUUUCAGCUGGGCUAUUCCAGGGCCACAGAGAACAGGCAGACCAAGCUUAUGUUUUAUUUAGUGGAAAACUUGCUUCCAUUCAAAAGCCAGGCAGUCAACUCACAGCCUGUGAGAAAAAAGGAAGGUACUGCUCAGAAGGAGGAAAGAGUCCUACCAUUAAAUGAAAACCUUCCAUGUGGUAGAAUAAAUAAAUACCAUGUCCCAAGCACGCCUGACCCCUGAGUAUGUGGGGGCCUCACAAACCUCAUGUGGUCUAAACCAGCCCCCUGAGUCCUGCUCCUGCAGCAUUCCAGGCAGAGCCCUCCCUCAGCACAACAUCCACAGCUUCAGGUAGCUUUGACCUGGCUCAUGGGAAUUCUGUGGCUUUCAUUGCUGGUUCAAGUCGUGUCUGUUCACACAGGUUAUUUGUACUAAGUCUCCAUUACUGGAUGUUACUGGAACACUUGGGCAGUUCCUUUGUGGUUUAAAGAGCAACAUGACUUUCUCCCUGCACACACAGAACUCACUGUGUUCUCAGAGCUCACUCUGGCAAAUAUAACACUUGAAAAAGUGUGAACAGCUGCUCAGCACAUCAGUCCUGCAUGGUUCACAUUCAGGAAUUCCUCUCCUACAAGAUAAGACAAUGAGGAAGGGGAGAAGGCCAGAAACUUUCUUCUUGCACUGAUGAGCUCUGCUGUUCCACAGCAUGAGGGUCUCCUUCCUCCUGUCCCAACUCUGUCUCCAAGUUUUUUAUCCCAUGUCAUUACAUGAGACACCUGCUCAGUAUUUAGCCAGUGCCUGUCCAUAUGAAAACCGCUCCUGUUCUGUGACAGGACGGCAGGUGUGGUGCUGUUACCCAUCCCAUACAGGCUGGAUAAUACCCUCAAGCUAGGGUAGCAGUCACCUAAAAAUGCCUUUUUGUUUAAAACAAAACCUGCACUAAUUUUAAAGUAUGUGUAAAGCUGGUUUUUAAAAGUGCAAGAGUGGUUUAAUCUGACCUUUGUGAAACCACUUUGCUGUGAAGAUUAAGCAAUUGUUAAGAAAUGUGGUUAUAGUGGUGGAGAGGAAUUAUUAAAGGCGUUUUAUAUUGGCUAGUCUGGUAAGACAGAAUAAAUUUUAAAAACCCUGACCAGCACUGGUUGGUGAGAGUCCAAGACAAAUGGUGAUUGUAGACAAGAAGUGAUUUCCCACAUUUAAUAGGAACUGUGAUUGAGUCUGUAAUGGUUUAACCAGGACAAAGCACAGAUCCCAGACCCCUGGAUUACAAGGUAAGGCCUUAAGGGAAACUGGAGGUUUGAUUCAAGCUUCUCACUGCUAAAUUAAAACCUUGGUUCCUUCUGAGAUCUCCUGCAGAGGCAGCAGUGGGGGCUGUUCAUUCCUCAACAGCAGCUCCUGUUCAGGCUCCCAUGGGCCAAGCCAGAUUAGCUCUAAUGAGAGAACAAUGGUGUGAGCUGGAUGAACGACUCAAUCUGUCAAACUUCAUCAUGGCUAUAUUAAAAAUAAACUCUGAGGCAUUUGGUUCUCCACGAUGUUUGUAGCUACUUGCCAACUGGAUCCCUGGGUUGAAGGACUGUGAUUGAGUCCCUCCUCUCCCCAGCUUUCUGUCUUUACAUAAUCUUAAAACUGAGGGGUAGCACAUACUGCUUAGCAAGGACAUAAAAAAUAAGACUGAUAACAGCUGUCUUUAUCCUCUGAGAAGCACAGAGACACUUUUGCCCUGUUGUUUUGGCUGUUGUGUUUGCUGGGACCUGCUGGUUCUGCAGGAGCUGCUUCCAAGGCAAUAAUUCUCCACCAGUCCUUUUUGGUUGGCUGUAAGGGAGGACAGGCAGCUCUGUUGUGGGCAUGAGCCCCCUGUGUUCAUCCUCCCAGCGCUCACUUCCCCACCCUCACUGUGCAGGUGUCUGAAGCACUCUUGAGUCCCAAUGGUUUGAUCAGGAAUUUGGGCUUUACUUGGUGUGAAAGGUGCUGAAACAGGCUGGCUUACAGCAACCCUCUACCUCCCCUGAUGGGAACUCUUCCUUUCAGAAGGGUGAUGGCAGGGUAGCCUUGUCUUGGGAU